UUUUUUUUUCUGCCAGCCGCCGCGAGGCCGGCUGAGUUACCGGCAUCUCGGCCGCCACCUCCCCUCGCGACCUAUGAUACAAAAGAUCUUCCGGGGGCUGCACCUGCCUGCCGCUGCCUGAAACGGAUUUGAAUCUUUUUCCCUUCAGAACCUUAUCUUGGCUUUGGAUCUCAGAGGAGAACCACUAACAGAGACAGACUCAGUGAGUGAGCAGGUGUUUUGGACAAUGGACUGGUGGAGCCCAUCCCUAUUAUAAAAAUGUCUCAGAGCAACCGGGAGCUGGUGGUUGACUUUCUCUCCUACAAGCUUUCCCAGAAAGGAUACAGUUGGAGUCAGUUUAGUGAUGUGGAGGAGAAUAGGACUGGGGCCUCGGAAGGCACUGAAUCCGAGAUGGAGAUCCCCAGUGCCAUCAAUGGCAACCCAUCCCGGCACCUGGCAGACAGCCCUGCGGUGAAUGGAGCUACUGGCCACAGCAGCAGCUUGGAUGCCCGGGAGGUGAUCCCCAUGGCAGCAGUGAAGCAAGCUCUGAGGGAGGCAGGCGAUGAGUUCGAACUGCGGUACCGGCGGGCAUUCAGUGACCUGACAUCCCAGCUCCACAUCACCCCAGGGACAGCAUAUCAGAGCUUUGAGCAGGUAGUGAACGAACUCUUCCGGGAUGGGGUGAACUGGGGUCGCAUUGUGGCCUUUUUCUCCUUCGGUGGGGCACUGUGCGUGGAAAGCGUAGACAAGGAGAUGCAGGUAUUGGUGAGUCGGAUCGCAACUUGGAUGGCUACUUACCUGAAUGACCACCUAGAGCCUUGGAUCCAGGAGAACGGCGGCUGGGCCUAACCUAGAGGAUAGAGGGACCUCAUCAUGGAUCCUGGCCCUCUCCCAGCUUAACAGCAUCCAAGGACAGAGUCAGAUGGUGGCGACCACAGUGCAGUCAGUCACACAGUGGUGGUGGUAUUUUGGUUUCACAGGAUGCAAAUACACAAAUACCAGAGUUGUCUUUUUUCUCUGAUAUUGUAAUAAUUGGCCAAAGAGUCUGUCUCUGAGGAGUCCCACCCACUUCUCAUGGGAGGCUCUCUCUCUCUUCUUUCUCAUGUGUUCCCCCUUACUGUGUCCUUUUACAUUUUUUAUUUAUUUUCUUGGAAUAGAUAAUAUAUUCAUGUGGUUCAAAAUUCAAAAAGAACAAAUGUCCCCUUCCCACCGGUGCCUCCCAGCCACCCAGUUGCCUUCCUGGGAGAAUAGACUGUGGUUACAAGCAAACACAUGUCUGUUUCCCCAUGUUUUUAACACAAACGGUCUUGUGCUAUACACAGUUUGGCACCUUGCUUUUCUCUCUUAAUAGUGUCUCUUGGAGAUCAUUCCAUAUCAGUCCAUAAAGAGCUUUCUCUUUCUUUUUGAUAAUAAUAAUAAAGAAACCAAACCCGUUGCUAUCAAGUCAAUUCUCACUCACAGUGACUAUACAGGACAGAGUAGAACUGCCCCCUAACAGUUUCCGAGGAGCAGCUGAUAGAUUUGAACUGCUGCCCUUUUGGUUAGCAGCCGAGCUCUUAACCACUGCAUAAUAUUUCAUACAGUGGACUGUCUUAUAGUUUAACCAGCUUCUGUUGGUAGACACUCCGUUUUUUUUCCCGUCAUUUGCGAUUGUAUUAGUGUUACUCAAUGAAUGAAUGGUACUCACGUUCACCAGUCGCUCCUUGGAAACUCUAUGGAGCAGUUCUACUCUGUUGCAUAGGGUCACUAUGAGUCAGAAUGACUCGAUGGCAACAGGUUUUUUGUUUUUUUUGUUUUUUUUAAUGCAUGAGCCCUGGUGGUACAGUGGUUAAGAGCUCAGCUGUUAACCAAAAAGGUCAGCAGUUCCAAUCCACCAGCCACUCUUGGGUAGCCCUAUGGGGCAGUUCUGCUCUGUCCUGUAGGGUCACUAUGAGUCAGAGUCAACUCAACAGCAACAGGUUACUCAGUGAAUAGCCUUGUGUGUUUGUUAUUUGGCACAUGUGUGAAUACCGUCUUUCUGGGGAGAUAAAUCCUUAGAAGUGGAAUUUCUGGGCCAAAGGGUAUGUACCCUUCUGGUUUUAGUAGGUAUUGCCAGCCGAGACCUAUAGUGGUGCUACUAGUUUACAGGAAUAUCUCUCUGUGCACCCUUUGCACUAGUGUUCAGCACAUGUAUUGAGUGCCUUCUAAUCCAGGCGCUGGAUACAAAGAUAACACUUUUAUGUAUCAAGUGAAAUUGUUACUGUGUGCCAAACACAGGCACAUUAGCAGACAUUCCUUACAGUCACCCAUCAAGGAAGGUUUUUAGAUGAGAAAACUAAAGCUCAAGAAGGUUAAAUAGUGUGUCGUGGUCACGGGCCAGCUAGUAAGGGGCAGAGCUGGGAUUUAAACCCAGAUUCAAAUCCUUCAGCGCCUGUGCUCCUAAAGAGCACCCUUGUUUGCCUCUCAGGAGGAAAUCACAGAUGGUCUUAGAGUCUAAUGCAGACGAGGAAUCAGGCUUAGAAAGUGUGACUGACCAUGAAAACACUCAGCUAGGAAGCUUUGGCCCUCCAGCGGGAACCCACACAUGUCCAAUCUGAGGCUUGUGAUCUGUAAACUAGUUGCCAAAUCUAAUUAGGGUUGCACUGCAAACCCUGGUGGCAUAGUGGUUUAGUGCUAUGGCUGCUAACCAAAGGGUGGGCAGUUUGAAUCUGCCAGGUGCUCCUUGGAAACUCUAUGGGGCAGUUCUGUGUCCUGUAGGGUCGCUAUUAGUCGGAAUCGACUCAACAGCACUGGGUUUGGUUUUGAGAGAAGUUAGUCCACUCAGCACUCCAGUUUCAUUAGAUAGGUAGGUAGGUAGGUCGAUGGGUAAGUAGGUAGAGUCUUAGUUAUCUAGUGCUGCUGUAAGAGAUACCACAAGUGUGUGGCUUGAACAAACAGAAAUUUAUUUUCUCACAGUUAGGAGGCUAGAAAUCCAAAUUUAGGGUGCUGGCUCUAGGGGAGGGCUUUCUCUCUCUGUUGGCUCUGAAGGAAAGUCCUUGUCUCUUUUAGCUUCUGCUCCUAGGCAAUCUUCAUGUGGCUUGGCAUAUCUCUUCCCUAGUCCCUGCUUCUCUUGCUUGUUUAAUCUCUUUUAUAUCUCAAAAGACACACCCUACGCUGAUCCUGCCUCAUUAACAAAGCAAAGAUAACCCAUUCCCAAGCGGGAUUAAAACCGCAGGCAUAAAGUUAGGAUUUACAGCACACAUUUUGGGGGGAAGUAAUUCAAUCCAUAACAACCAUCAAGGGACAGGAGAGGCAGCCAUUUGAAUAUCUGUUGCAGGCAUUCAGUGAUUUAAUGGGUGCAGGUUUGCCCUGGUGAAGGAAUGAGCCCUGUCUGGUGUUUUUCCAAAGGGCGAGCCUGGCUUCUCCACCUCACAAUGACUGCUUUAGAGGAGUGAGCCCAUAGCUUCCAUUUACUCCUUACUUCCAGUGCCUAACACAGUGUAGCCCAAAGAGUGGGCUGCCACAUGAUGCCCAAGUAUUGGCGGGGACCAUAGGUGACAGUCCCCACUGAUAGCAUCUCAGAUAGGGUCCAUCUUCCAAUGUAACUGGUGCUUUUUGAAUACCUGUCCUGUGCUCACUGCUCUGAUGGGAAGGGAAGAGACGUGAAAGUACAGGCCUGGCUCUCAACAACUUAGAUCGUGAGGCUGAAAGUGGCAAAAUAAAUGGAAAAGACCCCAAGUGUAAGAGGAGUUCAGAGGAGAGAGGAAGCAGAACAUAAUCGUAGAGCUGGCAAGUCUCAUGCCCAUUUUCUGAACGUGGAACCUGAGGCUCAGAAUUCAAGUGACCAGCCCAAGGUUGCAUAGCAAGUGAGUGGCAGAGUUGGAACCCUGAUUCCCUCCACGCCACAGCCUCUCAGGGAGAGCGCUGUAGGCUCCAUGCUGGGUGGCCUAGAGGCUCCAGAUAGAAGGGAGUCUGAAACGAUGAACCAGGAAGAAAGAUUGAGAUUUUGUAGGAUGAAAGACAGAGAAGUGGAACGAGAAUACCCCUUAGAUAUUACAGCUUGUGCCUUCUGCUUUCCUUUGGAAUGUGGGGAAACCCAGGCCUGGGUCACAAAGUGAUAACACAGGGAUUGUUAACUAAAGUUCGUCUAGUGCUUAGUGUCCACACGCAUUAUCUCAUUGAGCCUCUUACCAUGCUAGGAGGUAGAUGGGGUCUUCUUACCAUAGAAGGAACAGGGGCCUUCUGACUUUAAAUCCCAAGCUCUUUCCACCAUCCAUGCUGCCUCCACAUUUCUCUAGUAGGAAGAACACAUGCUCUGCAAUCAGACAGGCCUGGGUUCCAAGCCCAGUUCCUCCAUUUUGUGUCUAUAGUAUCUCCAGCAAAUGAAUUCAGCUUUGUGCACUUAUAUUUCCUCACCUGUAAAAGAUGGAUUUUAAACACAUGCAUGCAUGGCCCGUACAAGACAUUCAGUAAAUAGCAGCAAUACAUGACCUCACAGAUACUCUUCUGGUUCCUAUGGCACAGCUCUUGGAAGCUGGUAAUUCUCAAGGACAGGGAUUUGCAAGUGGGGCCAUGCCCAGUAAAGAUCAGACCCUUUGGCAAGGAUAUACUAAGGGGUGAACCACAUCCCCGGGAGACAUUAUAACACCAAAGGCUACCUGUCGUGUUUUUUUUGUUUGUUUGUUUUAAGCGUACUUUAGAGUCCUUGGUUUACAUAUUAAGAAAGUGAGGUUUCCCCAAAAGGUGAAGUGACUUGUCCAAGGCCACACGGUGAGGUUAAUGGCAAUGCUAGGAUUACAACGCAGGUCUCUUGUCUCCUAAGACUGCUUACUUUUUCCUUACACUCCACUGCUCCCUUGACAGGGGGAAAAAAAGGCCCAGGGAUAGAAUCAUAGCUCUUUGGAGCUGAAGAAAACAGAGGCCCAUGGUGCUGAACUGACAUACCUAUAGCCAGAUUGAGCUACCAGAGAGCGGAAUUAAACACACGUUUCCCAACUCUAAGGCCCCUUGUCCUUUUCACAGGACCAUGCAAAACUUUCAAAUUGCCUUUUUUCUAUGAAGAACUGAAGCCUCACUCCAAUGCCAGUUGGUUUACAAUUAGAACAACCCCCCCCAAAAAAAAAAAUUUUUUUUUUUUUUUAAACUAGGGAGCUUUUUUCCAAAUAGAAUCUUGUUUACUUUUUCCUUUUUUCUCCCUCUUUUUUAAAAUUCUUAGUAAGGAUAAUAAAGAAAGGGGGAAAAGAAGACGUUUCAGUGGAGGACCUUGGCAGAAAACAAUAAAAAUCUGAUAGUCUCUGAAAUCUAAGGAGGUCUCCAAAGCUGGGAAGUGAUUUGUAGACCAGCUUCACCUGUCCCAGCCAGUUCAACACCCGUCUUCCCCUACUCACAACAUGCCUUCAGAAGCCCAGCCUUCCCUUGGCAGCUGUGUCUGGUGAACACCAACGGAAAUCCCUGGUAUUUUUCUUUGCAUGCAACCACCCAUAGAGAUGUAGGUCAGCAUUGCUGGCCUGGCAGUUACAACUCUUAGCUUCACCCCUGCACCUGCAGCCUUGUUUGCUAAGCCACAUGGGGGUAGGAAAAGAUGGUCCCUUCCAAAUGGGGAUUGAAUCCCCAAGGACCCAUGUGGGCGGAGCUGUUUGAGACAGGGGAGGGUGCUGGAGGAAACCAUUUGGAAUGUGGAUGCUGAGAGGGUAGUUCUUCUUCUUCCUCCCCUUAACACCUAAUGCCUGGUAUGAAUAGUAGCAGGGUUGUUGGUGCCUCCGCUCUACUCAGCUUAGAGUCAUCAUCACUGACAGAGGAGACAGGGAAGGUCCCAUCCUCCCCCUGGGCUCAGCUGGGCCCCAGGCCUGCACCUGAACCGCCAUGCCAGUCUGAUAUUUAUGGGACUGAAGCUGCCACCCUUUGGGACCUAGCCUGUUUUUAUUUCUGUUCUCAGCAGUCUGGUUUCCAUGAACCUCACCUACAGGUUCGUACAUGCCACCCAUCUUGCCCUAUUCACAACAUGCCUUCAGAAGGCUCAGCCUUCUCUUGGCAGCUGUGUCUGGUGAACACCAACGGAAAUCCCUGGUAUUUUUCUUUGCAUGCAACCAACCAUGGAGAUGUAGGUCAGCAUUGCUGGCCUGGCAGUUAAGACUCUAGCUUCACUCCCUGCACCUGCAGUUUUGUUUGCUAAGCCACAUGGGGGUAGGAAAAGAUGGUCCCUUCCAAAUGGGGAUUGAAUCCCCAAGGACCCACGUGGGUGGAGCUAGCUGAGACGGGAGGGUGCUGGAAGAAACCAUUUGGAAUGUGGGGGAGGGUGGUUCUUCCUCUUCGCCCCUUUACACCUGGUGCCUGGUGUGAAUAGUAGCAGGGCUGGUGGUGCCUCCACUCUACUCAGAGUCAUCAUCACUGACAGAGGAGACUGGGAAGGUCCCAUCCUCCCCCUGGGCUCAGCUGGGCCCCCAGGCCUGCACCUGAACCCCCAUGCCUGUCUGAUGUUUACGGGAUUGAAGCUGCCACCCUUUGGGACCUUGCCUGUUUUUAUUUCUGCUCUCAGCUGUCUGGUCUCCAUGGACCUUACCUACAGGUUCGUACAUGCCCUUCCCCCACGAUGCAGCCCCACGAGGUUCCUCCAGUCUAGCAUACUCCUCCUUCGGCCUUUGUUCUCUUCAGCAGAACUGCCAGCUCUGUGCUUGGCCCAGGGGAGGACUCUCCUGGUGCCUGAGACAGGCUCUGUUGGUCCAACCCAGCUGCACCUUUCCCAAGAUUCAGUCUCUUGGUCCGCCCUCUGCAGGGAGGGCCUUUGGUUCCAAAGCAGUGAAUUGGGCACCUGUGUGAGCCUCUUUCUGGCUAGCUGACUCUGGCCUGAGCUUUCUCCUGUCCUGGGUCUCAGGUAUCUCGGCUGUAAAGAAUGUUGGACAAAGAUCAGUUCCUGUACCAUUGAUCUUCAAGAUAACUUUUAGGUGAUAUGCAAAUGAACAUUUUUAUGUUGCUUUCCAUCUAUGGCAAGUAAUACAGGUUUUUUGUUUAUAGUAGUAAUAAGUUGCUUUUUCAUUUCAUUUAUUCAUUUAUCAAAUACUUGCUGUCCACUAUGUGCCAAGGAGUCCCUGGGUGGCACAAAUAUUUAAGUGCUCAACUACUAACCAAAAGGUUGGCAUUUGAACCCACCCAGAGAUGCUUUGAAAGAAAGGCCUGGUGAUCCACUUCCAAAAGGCCAUAGCCUUGAAAACCCUGUGGAGCAGCAGUUCUACUCUGCACACAUAGGAUGGCCGUGAGUUGAAAGCCACUCCAGAGCAGCUGGUUUGGUUUGGCUUACUAUGUGCCAAGCACCAUUCUAGCUACUGGAGAUAACUUGCCUUCAGGGAGUUUACUUUCUAAGAAGACCGUGAUCAGGGUAUGGUCCUAGGCAGCUUUGGUGGUGGUUUUUAAUAAAGGGUGAUUGGGAAGGGCUUCUGUGAAGAGGAGGCAUGUGAGCAGAGAGCUGCAUAACCUGAAGGAGUGAACCAUGUAGUGGUCUGUGGUGAGCACGUUCCAGGCAGAGGCCCCGACGAGCAGUGGCAUCACUAGGGGAGCUACAGGGGUUGCAGACCACACCGGGUGACACUGUCAGGGGCGACACCAAAAUCGACUGUCUAUAAAAUUUUGGGGCAAUGUUUCAGCACAAAUGUAUUAUUUUUUUUAUUUAAAAAAUUCCUGUAGUUACAACGAAAACAUUUUUCAUAAGCCCAGCUUACAUGUAUCAAUAUACCUAUAAGGCUAAAAGUCUAUGCUAAUUUACUUUUUGAACCUUCUGAUGCCCGCAGGUCAGAGUUGUCAUUAUUACCCAGUUACAAUGACACUUCAAAUCACGUAGCGUGAUCUGUUGUUUUCUUUGCUGCCAGUGUUUUUAUAGUCUGGUUUUGUCAAAUUUUCUGGUGUUUUAGCUACAAUAUUGUAGCAAUAGUAUUUGUGAACCUAUAUCAAUAAUUUUUUUGAGAAUGAAGUAGUAAAUUAAAGGAAAAGAAGGAAUGAUAUACAGGAAUUACGAUUUACAAGUAACAUUAGUACAAAAAAGUCACUAAGAAUUCUUUACACUUUGGUAUGGGAGGAGGUCCAUGGGUAGGGAGGAUGAUGCUAUGAGUUACCACACUGGGUGACACCAACCCAAGUGACGCCACUGCCAAGGUGAGGAGAGUGUGCUUGGCAUGUUUAAGGAAGAGCAGAAGAAAUAUGUGUGGCUAGAGCAGGGUGAGCAGAGGAGAAAGUGGUAGAAGAUGAAGCUAUGUGUGAGCCGUGGUGAAAACACUUUGCCUCCUCUGCGUGAGGGUUCCGGGAAGGCAGUGGAGGGUUUCAAGCAGAGGAUGGAUGGGAUCCAACUUUGCUUUUACAAUGAUCCUUCUGGCUGCUGUGUGGUGAAGGGACUGAAGAGGGGCAAGGUAAGAAGCUGGGAGACCCAUGAAGAGGCAAGAAAUGAUGUUGGCGUGGACCAAAUGAUAGCCAUAGAGGUGGUGAGAAGUGGUGGGGUCCCAAAUAAAUUUUGAAUAUAGACCCAAAAGAAAGUUACUGCCAAAUGAGAGCUAGAGAGGGUUUAAGGAUGACUCCAAAGGUUGGUUUCAGUACCAGGAAGGAUGAAGCUACCAUUUCUUAAACCAAGAAAAGAUGCAGAAGAAACUGGGGUGGGGGGAGAGAUUAAACAUUUUCAGCACAUUUAUUUAAACUUUUAAAAAGUGAAUCAAGAGUCAAUUGAAAGAAAAAUACUGAGUAAAUAAUACUAGGUAGUACCUGGAUAAGGCCAAAACAGUGAUGGCAGGAAUUGUGGACCAGGUCCAUCUGUGCUUCCUUGCAGCUCUGAAAUUUGGCUUUGGUGAUUUCAGACCUUGUAGUCUCCCUCUCACAAAGAAUGGCAACUUGAGACUCAGCCUAGAAUGGAAUGGAUGUAUAAGGAGUGACAGGAGAGGAGGAAUCCCUGGACCAGGCUUACCUCUUAUUAAUCUGGAAGGACUUGGGAAGUUCUUAUACACAUCCUGACUUCUGCCACUGCCUCAUUCAUUCAUUCACUGAGCAUCUCCUAUCUAGUAGGCCCUGGACACACAGUUCUGAUGCCCCUUCCCUCCUGAUAAAGAGCAAGCUUCCUCACCCCCACUUCCCAGCCCGGCUGCUCCACGUCCCUGCAUGUGCUGGAGUUCGCGUGAUGUAUCUGCUGAAAGAGGAGUGGCACAGCCUAAGCAGAUCCCUGCCCUCCCUUCGCCUCACCGUCUCUGUCCAGCCCCUGCCUUCCUCUUCUUAUUGCCAUCCCCCUUUCAGGGCCUGGUGGGCAGAUGGCUUUGCCUCCAUCAGAGUAGGAGAAAUGGUUUUGUCUCCUUCUUCCUCUGGGUCCCUGUAGUUAUCAAGCUGGGAAAAAGUCCACAAGAGCCUCUUUCCCUGCCUUUUAUAGAUGGGAAACAGAGGGCCAGAGAGGCAAGCAGCUCCCACAGUCCACAUCCUGGAAGUCCAGUUCCACAUCCACAGCACCAGAUCCUUAAACCCACUGCCAUUGAGUUGAUUCCGACUCGUAGCGACCCUACAGAACAAAGUAGAGCUGCCCCAUAGUGUUUCCAAGGAGCGCCUGGUGGAUUUGAACUGCCGACCUGUUGGUUAGCAGCUGUAGCACUUAACCACUGCACCACCAGGGUUUCCCAGCAGAUCCUUAGGACUCUACUUUUAAAAAUAAAUACUGAAUCUGACUGCUUCUUACCACCUUCCUUGCCACCAUCCUGGCUAAGCCACCCCCAUGUUUCUCCUGGAUGAGUGCAUCCAGUCCUCACUAGACUUCUGGUUUCUGCCCUGGCCCCCUGGACGUCUCUACCCUGCAGCCAGAGGAACCCUUAUAGAACCAAACUCAGAACCCUGUAGCACGGGUAUUACUCAGGAAAAGCCCAGGUCCUUCAGUGACCUGCAGGGCCCUGCACAGUCAGCCCUUGGCCACUUUGGGGCCUCAUCAUCUACCAGUCUCUUCUCAUUCACUUCGCUUCAGCCUCACUGGCGGUGCUCCUCCUGGAGCACCCCUGCCAUGUUCCUGCCUCAGGGCCUUUGUACUUGCUAUUCCUGCUGCCUUUCCUCCGGUCAUGGCAAUGCCUGUUCUCUCACUUCAUUCAGGUCUCUGAUCAAAUGUCACCUCCUCAAGCAGCUUUCCCUGACCCUGGAUUCUAGUCCUACCCUCUUCCCUGUUUCCCUUUAUCCCCCUUUUCGCCUUUAUGUCAUUUUAGCAUUUAUCUCCAUCUCAUUUGGUUAUUGCCUGUCUCUUCCCAUUGAAUUGGAAACCCUAAUGCCAUAACCACUGCCGUUGAGUUGGUUCUACAGCUGCUAACCAAAAGGUUGGCAGUUUAACUCCACCAGGAGCUCCUUGGAAACCGUAUGGGGCAGUUCUCUGUCCUCUAGGGUGGCUAUGAGUCGGAACCGACUCGACAGCAGUGGGCUUUUUUGGUUCCCGUUAAAUUAUAAACCAUGCAGGAAGGAAUUUUCGUCUGAUUUAUUCACUGCUUUAUCACCAGCACUUAGCAUAGUGCCUGACUCUUAGUGGGCAUAUCAUAAAGAUUUGUUGAAUGAGUGUCUGGAGCUAAGAAAGACAGCUUGUCUGGCUGGUCCUUCUGCAACUUCACAGAUCAGCCUGGCUCACAAAGGGGUCAUGUUCUGUCCAAGAGAACUCAGCUAACAGUUCCACCAAAGUCAGUUUUGUUUCUAAGAUAAUGACCAGACAGCGGAAGGGACUCACCUUGCACAAACGGGCCUUGCAGGGGCCAGGUGGGGGUUGGGGACAAGCACAGAACAGCCAGCAGUGCAUCCUUCCCUUGUCCACCCCUUGAGGCACCCAGGGAACCAGGGGGUAUGCCCCUUCCCUGCCCUUGAAGUCAUCUCUGACUUCGUUGAGAACCCUGGGACUCCAGGGCCCAGACCAAGGUUUCCAGAAACACACAGAAGUGUGACUACUGCCCUAUUUCAGCUACUUUUCACAACCAGAGCUGGCUGCAGCUCUAUUAAGUCUGUGUGGCCAUUCACAAUUAAAUAGAAAGGAGCCAGGGCCAACCCACUUCCACCCAUCCUUCCAAGUCUCCAAUUUUACCCCUCCCCCAAGUCAGCUCCCCCCUGUCCUACCCUACCAUAGCUCUCUGUUCUCCACCCCUGCAGCACUUCUGGGUUCUGUGUCAUCAAUUAAGCAAUGCCUAAUUAAUCUUUCCUGCCAGUUUUGCAAGCUCCACAGGGCAGGAACUACUGUUUUUUCUUGCUCACCAUGGUAGCACCUGAGCCUAAGAGUAGCAGAUUCUCAGUAAAUACUGGGUGGGUUGCGUGGGUAGGUGAAGGAAAGGAGGAAGAAUGGAUUACGUAAAGUUCCUCUUCGUAUGUCCUCUUGCACUGGCAAAUUUAAUGUGCUAACGGAGUCAGACAGCCUUACUCAAUACCUGGUGACUUCAGGCCAAGUCUCAUCACCUCUCUGAGUCUUAGUUUCCUCACUGUUAAGUGGAGACAGCACCUACUUGCAGAAUUUUGUGACCAUUCAAGCAAGGGUUCAGUAAAUAUUAGCUGUUAUUUUUUGUUGAUAGCUGCAAAUAAUGAGAGGCAGCGUGAGAAGCAUAAAUGGGGCCACUCAUUUUGGGCCAUAAAAAAAGUAAUAACAGCUAACAUAUAUUGAGCACUUACCACGGACCAUUUAAUUCUUGUUGCAAGUCUGUGAAGGAGGUACAGCUGUUCUCAUUUCACAGCCGGAAAACCGGGGCUCUGAAAAGUGAAGGGUCUUGUCCCAGGUCCUGCAGCCAAGCAGUUCCAGAGCUGGAGUUGGAACCCACACUGGCUGACUCCAAGGGUCAGGAGGCCUGGGACCAGGCUUUGCCCUCUCCCUGCGUAUGGCCCUGGAGUCCCUUCACCUACUCAGAGUCUGUUUCCUCAUCUGUUCAGGGAGGGUUUGAACUAGACAUCACCGUGGACUUCAAAUUGUGGCACUCUUAAGAUUCCUAGGCAGGCUAUAUGCCACAUCAGGAGGGACUGUGAGUUGCUUCUGGCCUCCUGGCGGUAGUGGUCCUGGUUGUCUUCUGCAGUGUAUUGGUGCUCAGGGCGCGAACAGCAAACUCCUGGGACCCCUCCCUCAGCCUCGGCUGCAGACUGGUUGUCCCAGCUGUCCUGGCACCAUCUCAGGCAUCUUGCUGCUCUGCACCUUGAUGAGAGUCCAGGGAGUGGGGCGAGAUGAAAAGGGGAGAAGAAGACUAGAAGGAACCGGGGAAUGUCAGAAAUGCUACCCCGCGGGUUCAGCUCCGAGUUUCUGGUUACAUGGGGUGUGCGUGUGAGCAUUCACAUGUACAGGGGGCGGGGGAAGGGUGUUGUAGGGAUUUGCUCCCAUCCCCAAAUCCUCGGAAGCUGUUGGCCUUCUGCUGUGGAAUUCCAAACAUUUCCAAUCAGAUAAAGGUGGCUGAAAAUACCCAGGACUUGUCUGGACUAGUUGGAGGCUAGUUAGAGGUGGUGCUGAGGUGAGAAGGUUGAGGCCACAAAGGCAGAGCCCUGGGAGGUCUGCUCCCUCCAAGGAGCUUGCCCUGGGUACAGAUGUGCCCACUUUCCCCUAGAAUCUUGCAGGCUCAGCAGGCUUUGAGGUGGGGGAGGCUCAGACCCUUUUGUGGCAACAAGUCCUUCUACUCCAGAAUGUCGCUUCUAACCUUACACAUUAAUUGCUGGAUCCUUUGGGCUCUGCACAUCUCAGAUACCCCCAGAGAAAGAGAGCCCGGGUAAUCACUCACUCUUCCAGUGUGAGUUACUUCAUCCUUAUGGUGCAACACUAGUAGGAGCCCUUUGAGAUGAUCCCCUUCGUUUUCCAGGGGGAUGGACUCAGCCCAAGCAAGCUAGUGAUAGAGUUGAGAACUGAAGCCACACCGCUGAGUCUCAGCCCAGUGCUCUUUUCUCCACAGCAUCCAACACCAGUCAGCACCAGACAAAGGAGUGGGGAGAGUUUGGGGCGCAAAGGCGGAGGGAGAGACUGCUGUGGACCAUGGAGCACUUGAGGGCAAAGACCCCAGAAGGGAACAGCAUUUUAGGGAGUAAAUUGGCCCCAGAGACUAAGCCCCUGUUACUUGUGGGUUGCCAUUUUAGUCCCUCUGCCAACUGCAUCAGCACGGUGCAGAAGAUGUCCUUUUCAGAACCUUCCCGCAAGCUUCCUGUCACCCUUCCUAAGCGCUGGAGAACUUGGUAUCUGGGGAGUAUUGGGUACCCUGCCCAAUGACCUGGUGUCUCGGAGCCUCUUUCUAGUUUUACCAGGCAGUGAGGGUAGAGAUGAAGAGGGAACUGGCCUUUCUUCUCUUCCCUCCUCAUUGGCCACCAGUCAACCAUACCUAUCCACCUCUCUGGAGCCAGGGGACAGAGCCUAUGGUCAAAUGGGGGAGAAAGUGAGCAACUCAGCAAACUGUAGCAAGAGAGCUGCAGGAGACUUAGGAAAGAAGAAGGCCUCCUGGGAAGAAGUGACUUGUGGGUUAAGACAUAAGAGAUGAGUAGGAGAGAGCUCAGCAGAGAAACCAGCAUGGGCAAAGGUCCUGAGGCUGAGCAGAACAUGGCAUGUGAGGAGGAAUGAAGCUGUUUGGCCCUAGAUGAGUCUGAAGAAACCUUGCAGGGCUUACACCCCAUGGAGACGGCUCCAGGACUCGAACUGAACCUUGGUCUGAUAGUAAGAAUAAACAACAAAAAAACUUGUUGCCAUCAAGUCAGUUCCAACUCAGGGUGACCCCAUGUGUUACAGAGUAGGACUGCUCCAUAGGGUUUUCUUGGCUGUAAUCUUUGUGGAAGCAGAUUGCUAGGCCUCCCUUCCAUAGCACCACUGAGUGGGUUUGAACCACAGACCUUUAGGUUAGUAGCUGAGAGCAAACCAUUUGUGCCACCAAGGGACAUAACAGUAAUAAUAACUGACAUGUAUUCAGUGUCUGCUAUGUGCCAGGCAUGGUCCUAAGAGCUUUACGUGUAUUACUGUUCAAUCCUCACAGUAUUCUUUUUGAAAUAACUAUCCGCAUUUUACACAAGAGGCCCAAAACCAGCAGCUUAGUCUUGCUGCAGAAAUGUAUAGAGUACCUGCUCACUCUGUGCAACCCAGCUUGGUGGGGAAAGGGACGUUAAUUUGUCACUGGCCUUGACCUUAUCCCGACCAGCACUUCCAUUUUAUGAAUGAGGAACCUGGGACUUGGAGAGGAGCAGGAACUGGUCCAGAGCCAGCGUGAGGCUGGCAGAGCUUCCUCUGCCAUGUUGCCUUCUUGGGACAGAGUUGGAGGAGAGCAGCAGAGGAGAGAGGACCUGAACUAAUGCCAGCUAGUGGAGGGAGUUAGAGGGAGAGAGGCUUCAGGCCCCCAACAGGGAGAAGUUUUCCAGUAGGGCUGUCCAAAGAUGGAAUGCUCUGCCUGGGGGGAGCCUGAGCUCCCCAUCACAAGUGUCUAAGCAGAGAGCCGUAGAUGGGUGGGAGAUGACCUUGAACUCCCACAGGCAUGGCCCAUUUGGACUGAAACAGAACCACUGCAUGACCUUGGCAUGCCACCACCUUUCUGAACCCCAUCUGAAAUGGGGAUGUAGGGAUGAGCUUGAGUAUCUCAGGGAAGGUUGGAUGGGAUGUUGUAAGGUCACUUGUGAGUCUCUGACUCUGUUACAAGGAUGAGCUUUGGUCCUUCUCACUCUGGGCGAAGAAUGAAGGGCUGUGGCCAUUUAUUUAUGAAAGAAGGGAGAGUCACCAGGGAUGGGAAGAGAGGGUUGAGAUGAGGGGAGGCCUCAGAAUCGCAGAGAGUGUGCAUGAGCGGGUAGCAGCUGCCCAGGAGUGGUUAAGUGCUGGGCUCUGGAGCUAGACUGCUUGGAUUCAAAUCCCUUCUCCACCACUUAGGAACUGUCUGACCUUGGGAGAGUGACCUGAGCCCUCUGUGCCUGUUCCUCCCUUGUAGCAUGGAGAGUAACAACACUCCUCCUUCAUGGGAUAGUGGUGAAGAUUGAGUGAAUACACACAAAGCGCUCAGCACAGUGCCUGGUACUUGGGUAACUACUUGGUAAAUAUCAGUUGUCUUACCACCAUCAUUCCCAGGGAAGGAGGUCGUGAACCCCACAGGAGCAUCUGUGCCCCUAGUAAAUGCUCUUUUGAAUUCUCUCUGCCCCAAGCCCAGUGCCCUGGUUCUGAGCCGGGGAGGUGGCGAGCCCACGCCAGCACUGCUGGGCCUGAUAGCUUUCUCGAUUCCACAGUGGAGGUGUUAUCUCCUCUGGGCACAACCACUUCCUUUUCUGAGAAAUGAGCGCAUCUGUCAGGCUUUGCUUCUUAGAACUCAUGGGGGUGGGGGGGAGGCGACGGAGGAGAGGCUGGCAGUUGACAAGGCCAGAGUUGAAAGAAGAUUACCACGAAGUUUGCUGUGAAGAGCCUCCUAAUACUCCUUAAAGCCCAGAUGGCUUUGGCUCCCAUGACACCUGCUUCAGCCUGUAACUCAAGGUCACCUUGCUUCCCCAAGUGCUUUCACCCUUGAUGUCACCACCCCUGCUUUGUGAGGGCAGAGCAGAAGAACUGAAGUGCAGAAGUACAGGUUGCUGUGGCGCCCAUAGCUGGGCCUGUGGGACUGAGGUGUUGAUCCCAGCACAGUCUGGCCACGCAUGUCUUUGCUUCGCUCGCUGAGCUGCCUCUUUGAGUAGCUCUCCUCCCCUGGGUGAAGGAGAGAGGCAGCGUUCCACUCACUCACUGAGGCCAACAGCUCCCCCCAGGGAAAGCCAGGGGAAGUGGAUUCCAACCACAAACCUCACUUCUUCCGACUUGCAGCGUGAAACUCCCUGCCAAGAGAGUGAUAAGACCUCUCUCUUUGCCCUACCCCCAUUCCUGCCAUCUCCCAGGGAUCUCCUCACAUGGCCUUGUUUGUCUUCUCAGCAGGCAUUUAUCAGCCCCUCCAUCAGGGAAACUGAGGCCAGGAACAGAAAGUGACUCUGCAAGUGACUCAUGGCCUGCCUGUGCAGGGCUGUGACGAGGCCAGGUCAAGGGGUACAGUCCUGAUGUCUCUGGCACUUUUCCCUGGGCUGCUAGGGGCCCCUUCCUCUUCUCCACCUACCUCUUUCCUGAAAUAACCAAGCAGGAAGGAAGCAAUGGGCCUGGCCCUCCACAGUCACCCAAGAGGAAGGAAAGGCCCGUCUGGCACUGGCGCUUGUUCCCCACUGAAGCCAGACGGAAGGGUUUCACUUUCCCUCCAGGUCUUCGUCACAUCCUUUUCCUGUGGCACCCAGCUCCCCUUAGCUGGCUAGAAGCCAGAGCUCGUUCAUUCAGCUGGUGGCCUCAGGCUACCUUCCCUUCUGUAUGGGUUGGGACUCAGGGCUGGAGCCCUACUCCAGGAUACAAGGUUUGCUACCACACACACUGGGGCUUAAAACUGGCUUCCGUACUGACUAACUUCGGGCAGGUCUCUCAGUAUCUGUCUCCGUUUACCUGGGGUUAGCCUAAGGACCACCUUCUGUAAUAGAGGUGCAUGCACCUGGCCCAUGAUGAAGGCUAGAGAAGUAGUGUCCUUCACAAACUGAGCAGAGUGCUGCAGGAAGGUUAGGAGUGAGGGUACUAGAGCCAGAUCAUUGGUGCAAGCAUCCCAGCCAGGUUACCAGCUAGCUGUGUGAUGUGGGCAAGUUGUGAACCCUCUCUGCGCCUCAGGUUCAUCAUCUGUAUGAUGGGCUGGCUACCCACUGUAAAAGCGUGAAAGUGGUUAAAUGAACUAACCCAUGAAGAGGGCCUAGAACAGUGCCUUGCAGGGUAAGUGCCCAGUAAGUAUCAGCUGCUGCCACUGCUGCUAAAAAGAUCAGGUAUUUCAUGGGAGGAGACAGCACAAACUGAGAUGACAGGAUUGAACGUCAGAAUGGGUAAGAGGCCAGAACCCAGACAAACCCAGUCCUACCACUUCCUAGAUAGGGAUCUUAGGUAAACUCUGGGGCCUCUUGUUUUCACAUCUGGAAAAUGAGGCUGUUAAUAAAUGUUAUGAGGACUAAAUGAAAACGUUCAUCAUCUGUUCAUUUAAAAUAGAUUUAGUUAGAAUGGCACCUGCUGUGUUCCAGGUACAGCAUCAGGUUCUAGACUACAGAGAUGACAAAACCACCCAUUCUAGUGAGGGAGACAAGACAAAAAAAUAACCACUCGAAUGAGGGUGAUUGUGCUUGUAAUAGGGGAGUGUGACCCAGUCAGGGUAAAGUGCUUCAGCUCAGUGCCUGGCCCAGGUAAAACAUUCAAAUGUUCGGUAAAGGUCAGCUACCAGAAUAACGACUGUUAUUAUUUUAUUGUUAUUAUUUAACACAUGAGGACACUAGGGCCAGAGAGAUGAAGUAACCUCCUCAAAGCACACCACUAGGAAGAGGCACAUGUGAGCAGUGAGAGAGAAGGGUGGGAAUUGGAGCACUGGUCAGAUUCAAGCAGGGAUUGCACUUCAGGCCUGGCAGGCAGGGUGGUCAGCUGGCACUUGGGCCCCACCCGACGGGGCAUGGUCAUGCCAACCUUAACAUUUCCCCUGACUUCUCCAGGUCACGGGCUGCUGCAGGGCAACCUGCAUCAUUCGGAUGGCUGCCUCUGGGGAGCGAUCUAGCUGAAGUCGUUCUAUGCCUGUCUGGGUGGGCCCCAGGCUUCAGACAUGGGGCAUCCUCAGUCCCCGCCUGCACUGAGCCCCUAGGCUGAUGCGGGAGAGUGGCACGAAGACAGAGGACUUCAGCCUAGGGACUCCCUGCCUCUCCUUC